AUGUCUGGCGCUUCCGCCGCUCCGCCGCCCAUGCCGCCCCUGGGCCGACCCGUUGCCGUCCCCGUCGAAUCGUCCGUCUGGGAUCGCAUCACCAAUUGGGCAUCUGAGAAUAAGGCAUUGGUUUACACAAUCGCUGGUGUCGCCGUCGUUGUCACAGGCGCUGGUGUGGUAUACUAUCUGAAUGACACGAAGCCGUCCGCCCCUGCGCAGCCCAGACUGAGCAAAAAGGAGAGACGGAAACAGAAGGAGGCCGAACGUCAAGCCGAAGCUGGGAAGCCCUCUACAUCGCCAACUGAGCAACCAAAAGCCGCAGCAGUAGAGAGCGCCGACGAACUACCUGAAAUCACCGAAUCUACCGUCGCCACUUUCACGAAUGAGCAGCGCCAAGAAUACGCUUUGAAGCUCAAGAACGAUGGCAACAAGUCGUACGGUAGCAAGGACUACAACCGUGCUAUCGAGCUCUAUUCCCAAGCUAUUCUAUGCAAGCCCGAUCCCAUAUUCUACUCCAACAGAGCCGCCUGCUACAACGCCCUGAGUGACUGGGACAAGGUCGUCGAGGACACAACUGCCGCCGUCAACCUUGACCCAACCUACGUCAAAGCCCUGAACCGUAGAGCCAAUGCCUACGAGCACCUCUCCAUGUUCAGUGAAUCGCUGCUCGAUUUCACCGCAAGCUGUAUCAUUGACGAGUUCCGGAACGAGAACAGCGCCGCCUCUGUCGAGAAGCUGCUCAAGAAAGUCGCUGAACAAAAGGCAGAGGGCAUCAUCAAGUCCAAGAACCCUAACAAGCUGCCGAGCCCGACCUUUGUCUCUAACUACAUUCAGAGUUUCCGUGUGAAGCCCCGUCCCACAGGACUGGAAGACUCGGUGGAGCUUGCGGAUUCCACCGGAAAGGGGCAAAUGCAAAUUGGUCUGCGUGCGAUGGAGAAGAAGACGCACGAAGGCUAUGAAGAGGCAGCAACGGCAUUCGAGAAGGCUCUAGAAUUGGGCGACCUGGGCGAUUACGAGGCUCUCGCAUACAACUUGCGCGGAACUUUCAGAUGUCUACGAGGCUCUCAAGAGCAGGCUUUGCAGGACAUGGACAAGAGCAUCGAGCUCGAUCCGUCCAUGACUCAGAGCUACGUCAAGCGGGCGAGCAUGCACUUGGAAAUGGGCGCUCGCGAUACGGCUGCCGAAGAUCUGGAGAAGGCCAUUCAGCAGAAUGACAGCGACCCUGAUAUCUACUACCAUCGUGCCCAAUUGCACUUCAUUCACGGGGAAUUCCAAGAUGCGGCUAAGGACUACCAGAUGUCGAUUGACCUCGACAAGGAAUUCAUCUUUUCACACAUUCAGCUCGGCGUGACACAGUAUAAGAUGGGCUCAGUGGCAUCAUCCAUGGCUACCUUCCGCCGAUGCACCAAGAACUUCAGCAAGGUCCCAGACGUCUACAACUACUACGGCGAGCUGCUUCUCGACCAAGGCAAGUUUGACGAGGCCAUCCUGCAGUUCGACACAGCGAUGGACAUGGAAAAGCAAACCAAGCCCAUGGCUAUGAACGUCUUGCCGCUCAUCAACAAGGCUCUCACUCUCUUCCAGCAGAAGUCGGAAUUCUCUGAGGCGGAGCAGCUGUGCGGGAAAGCCCUCAUCAUUGACCCUGAAUGUGAUAUUGCCGUUGCUACCAUGGCACAGCUCCUAUUGCAACAAGGCAAGGUCACCGAGGCCUUGAAGUACUUCGAAAGGGCAGCUGAGCUUGCGAGAACUCCAGGAGAGAUCGUUAAUGCUCUAUCUUACGCGGAGGCGACUCGGACACAGCUCCAAGUGCAAGAAAAGUACCCCCAACUAGCAGCUAAACUGCAAGGCAUGGGUGGCGCGGGAAUGGGUGGUGGCUUACCGCCUGGAGCCCACUAG